GUUGUUGCUUACUUUCCAAUUUUCAUAUGCAUUGCCCCAACCUCUGCUAUCGUCCAUCCUUUUAACAAAUUGUUCUAUCAUUAAAACCAAUUUCACCGAUUACGAAAUUCGUUUUAUUUUUGUGUGUGAAUAUUCAUGCAAGAGGUGAAGGAUGGAGAUAAAUUUGGGGAAACUUGCAUUUGACGUUGAUUUUCAUCCGUCAGACAACCUUGUCGCCACGGGUCUAAUUAACGGGGACCUUUACCUAUACCGUUAUAGCCCUGAUAGUGUCCCUGUGAGGCAAUUGGAAGUCCAUGCACACACAGAGUCUUGCAGGGCUGCUCGAUUCAUCAAUGGAGGACGUGUGCUGUUGACGGGUUCUCCAGAUUGCUCUAUACUGGCUACGGAUGUGGAGACUGGAUCUACAAUUACCCGUAUUGAUAAUGCUCACGAGGCUGCAGUAAAUAGAUUGAUAAACUUGACCGAGUCAACUGUUGCCUCAGGAGACGAUGAGGGUUGUAUAAAGGUUUGGGAUACCAGAGAACGCUCUUGCUGCAAUUCUUUUGAUGCCCAUGAAGAUUACAUUUCAGACAUGACUUUUGCUUCCGAUGCAAUGAAACUGUUGACAACGAGUGGAGACGGGACUCUGUCUGUUUGCAAUCUUCGAAGAAAUACAGUACAAACUCGAUCCGAAUUUUCUGAAGAUGAGUUGCUGUCUGUUGUUUUAAUGAAGAAUGGUAGGAAAGUUGUGUGCGGAUCUCAAACUGGAAUCAUUCUGUUGUAUUCAUGGGGAUGCUUCAAGGAUUGUAGUGAUCGAUUUACUGAUCUCUCUUCAAACUCUAUUGAUGCAAUGUUGAAGCUUGAUGAAGAUAGAAUUAUUACUGGAUCAGAGAAUGGGAUUAUCAAUUUGGUCGGGAUAUUACCCAACAGGGUCAUCCAGCCAAUAGCUGAACACUCAGAGUAUCCUGUUGAGUGUCUCGCAUUCUCUCAUGAUAGGAAGUUCCUUGGAAGCAUCGGACAUGAUCAAAUGUUAAAGCUAUGGGAUUUGGAUAGCAUACUCCAAGAUACAAAAAACACACAAACAAAUGAAACUGGAGCGAUUGAUAGUGACGAUGAGGAAAUGGAACUAGAUAAUGAUCCUUCAAAGCUCAGUAGAGGGAACAAGAGAAAGAAUGCAAAUAAUGGGCAAGCCCCAGGUGGUGGCAACAACUUCUUUGCCGAAUUAUAGGAGAGGUCUGAAAGCAACUUUGUUCUAAAUUGAUGUGAAGACCCGCAAGAAGAUGAACUACCACAAGUCUUGCAAAAGCAGGAAAUGGACAUCCCCAAUAUUGGGCCUGUUAUCCAAUCAGUAGCUUGGACUGUGUUGUGGUUUCAGGAAAUUUAAAUUUAAGCAUUGAAAGAAAAGUUAUAAAUUUCAAUUCAGGAAAUAAUUUACUUCC